UCUACCAAAGGUGGCAUUCCUACCUAUUACAAACACCUGAAUUAUAGGCCCAUUUUGGUUUCAAUCCCGGCAGGCCGGCAUAUCCCGCCUAUAUCCUUUUUCUCCAAGUUAAUGCAUUAUUCCCGAUUCGAUUCUCUACUUCUCCCAUACAGUACUUAUAUUUGCCGCCAUAUUCGCCUCUGCGGGAAACCCCCUUUUCCACAUGAACAACAGAAAAAGUUAUCUAGGGUUUUGAUUUGAUGGUUUAACCAUGAAUUUGAUUCGUAUCUGCAUCAGAAAUCGUCGUAAUCUUCAAUUUAUUGCUUCUCGUCGUAAUCUCUCAUUUUUUUCAUCAUCACCACGACGACUAUCUCAAAACCCUGUUGAACUUCCACCCGUAAAGGUCGAAAAUCCCCAAAAUGUCCCUAAUUCUUCACCACCAAUGGUUACAAUUUCCCCUUCUUCAUCAUCUUCUGCUCGUACUCUAUCUCGGAAAUCCAUAUUUGCGAUUUCAGCAACCCUAAUUUCAACUAUUGUUGCUGCUUCAGUACUUAUUGAUAACAAUGAUACGAUUAGUCAGAAAUCUGGAUAUGAUUACAUUGAUCUUGAACAUUCAAUUGAGAAAUCUAAGAAUUCUUUUAUGAAAAUUUUUAAUCAAAUGAAACAAACUGGUGUUGCUACUACUGUUUUAUGGAGAUCGUUAAGUUCGGUUUUAUCAUCUGCAAAUCAAGAAGUUAGAUUAGGAUUUGAACUUAGGGUUGCAUCAUUGCUUGCUGAUAUUGUCGCGGCCAGUGAAACUCGUAGAUCUGCCAUUGUUGGUGCUGGUAGUGGAGCUGUUGUGGAUUGGUUAUUAGAAACUGUUUCUUCUUCAAAGGAUUCUGGUACUCAAGCUGAAUCUGCAAGAGCACUUUCCUAUCUAAUUUCUGAUCCGAAUGUAUGUGAAGCUGUGCUUGGAAGACCUCGUGCUGUUCCAAACCUUCUUAAGUUCAUCUUUUCUUUUCAACCACGAAAAGACAAAAAGCAAGAUAGACGAAGUUCACUUGAUAAUGCUGGGGUUUCCAAGGGUAAGAGCAUGCUUGUGGCUGCUAUUAUGGACAUUGUCACAUCCAACUGUGAUAACUUAGACAAAGAAGUAUUUCAACCUUCUCUGCCAGUACAUGCAGACAUAAGAGAUAUUGCCACAGCAAUUGAAGUUAUCGAGGAAGGUGGUGUGCACUUGGAUGAGUCUGAGGAAGAUGAUGAUGAUGGUGGAACAGGAUUGCGAGGUAUUGGAUUAAAGGUUCUUGGAGGUACAUCUGUGUUGGGUUUGUCAAGAACAAAUGGAGUUCACCACAGCGCUGACCAAGAAGGACCAGUUUCUUAUGUUCCUUCAACUCCGAUGUUGCAAAGAAGUCAUGAUAACUUGCGACCGGAGCGAAGGCUAGCAUCUGGUUCUGCUCCAGGUCUAUGGGAUGAUUUGCAGCGUGAACAUGUUGCUGUACCUUUUGCAGCAUGGGCAUUAGCAAAUUGGGCAUCGGCUUCAGAUAUUAAUCGAUCUCAUAUUCAUGAACUUGACCAGGAUGGGAAUGCUGUCAUGACUGCUUUAAUAGCACCCGAGAGAACUGUGAAAUGGCAUGGGAGUUUGGUGGCUCGCUUGCUUUUGGAAGAUAAGACAUUACCCUUAUUUGAUUCUGUUCCUGAUUGGAGUUCAAGUCUUCUUUCCACUGCUGCACAAGCGAGUAAAAAUAAAGACAUUCCGUUGGUUCGAGUUGCUUUAUCUGCCUUCCUAGUUUCUGUUGAAAGAAGUCGCGGUGCACAGAAGGUAGUUAUGGAAAAAGGUCUUCACAUAAUGAGAGAUAUUGCUAAAGAGACUCAGAAGCAUGGGCAUGUGCAAGAAGCGUUAGCUAAGGCCUUGGAAUUGUUAUGUGCUGGAGAAAUGCAUUUGUCUCUAGAAGAAAGUCAAAAGUGGUCCAGUAUUCUCUUACCCUGGGUUUGUGGAAAUUUUUCGUCGAACAACCUCCGGGGUUCAGCAACAAAUAUCCUUUCAUACAUACUUGAAACCUAUGGACCAUUGUCAAUUCCAAUUUCUCAAGGAUGGUUAGCUGUUAUACUGAAAGAGAUUCUAGCAUCCAACAAGACAACAUCCAAAGGAAGCAGUCAGCCUAAAAACGACAAAGUGAAGACUCAAAUUGAUCAGUCCAAUGCGCUUAUUGCUGAACAGAUCACCAAUCAAUUGGCUGUUGCUGUUGUUAAUCUGGCUGGGAUUCAAUUAGGAACAAACAAAGAUUCUAUUGAUACAUUCCCUCUUGGGGAGCUGCUUUCUUUGGAACCAUUUGCGGCGCCAUUCAAAGCUAUGAAUAAAGACAAAUUGCGUAAGUUUGACGCUGCAGAUUCUGCUUUGGCCACACUUAAGGGUAUUAAGUCCCUUGCGGAGGUUUCUACUGAUGAUACGGUGUGCCAGAACAAAAUAGUUGAUCUUGGGAUGUUGUGUUUGCUGAGGCGUUUCCUUUUGAGGGAUGAUUAUGAGCAGCUUGCUGCCAUUGAAACAUAUGAUGCAUCAAGAGUUCAUGAGAUGCAGGAGCAAAUAAAGAAUUCCCCUGGUGAAAUUUCUGUUGUGGAUGCAAAUGAUUCCUCUAGUGUUAGAGUUCCUCCUACAGCUCACGUCCGAAGACAUGCAGCUAGGCUGUUAACUAUCCUUUCUGUUCUUCCGAAAGUCCGGAAGGCCGUAAUAGCAGAUGAAGUUUGGUGCAAAUGGCUGGCUGAUUGUGCUAAUGGUAAGCUUCCUGGUUGCCAUGACCUCAAGGUUCAAAGCUACGCGAGGGCCACAUUAUUGAACGUAUUUUGCUCAGAAAAUAUGGAUAGGAGUUCCGAUGAUAAUAAUGGUCAUGAUGGGGACUCGGGAAACCAAAAUAAUACUUGCCCUAAAUAUGAUGACAUGAUUUUUCUAAUUAACCCUCAAAUGCCACAUUGGAAGUGUCCUGAUAAAACUGAUUCGAGUAGUGAACUUAAUACUCCAUCUGGAAAGAAACCAGAUUUGCGCGAUGGUGAAUCUGGUGAAGAAUCCGGGGACGGAGAGUCUACAACUGUGACUGGCUAUUCAGAAAAUGAUGGUUUAUCUACUUCUAUUAGCGGGUCUGAGAGCUGCUCACAAGAUGAUGAUGCUAUACUGGACAUUGUCUUUGUUCAUGGCCUACGUGGAGGCCCUUUCAAGACUUGGCGUAUAGCCGAAAAUAAGUCCUCAACAACUAGUAAAUCUGGCCUGGUUGAAAAGAUAGAUCAGGAGGCUGGGAAGCUAGGAACAUUUUGGCCAAGGGAAUGGCUUGCGGCUGAUUUUCCUGAUGCUCGGGUGUUUUCUGUCAAAUACAAGACAAAUCUAACUCAGUGGUCUGGAGCUACUUUGCCUCUUCAGGAAGUCAGUUUGAUGCUAUUGAAAAAGCUAACUGCCGCAGGCAUUGGAAGCCGUCCUGUAGUAUUUGUGACACACAGUAUGGGAGGCCUGGUUGUUAAGCAGAUGUUGAAUCAUGCAAAGCAAGAAAAUCUCGAACAGUUUGUCGACAACACCGUCGGAGUUGUUUUUUAUAGCUGUCCACAUUUUGGCAGCAGACUUGCAGACAUGCCUUGGCGAAUGGGUCUUGUAUUACGUCCAGCUCCAAGUAUAGGGGAGUUGCGAAGUGGAUGUGCUAGACUGGUCGAACUUAACGACUAUAUUCGUCAACUUCAUAGUAAAGGACGGCUUGAGGUUCUUAGUUUUUGUGAGACCAAGGUAACUCCAAUUGUUGAAGGUUAUGGAGGAUGGGCCUUUCGGAUGGAAAUUGUGCCUCUUGAAUCAUCCUAUCCAGGUUUUGGUGAAAUUGUUGUAUUAGAUUCGACGGAUCACAUAAAUUCUUGCAAGCCAAUGAGUCGCUCUGAUCCAUCUUACAAAGAAACAUUAGACCUCUUGCAGAAGCUAAAAGCUCAGAAGCUUAACGCACAAAAGCUAAAAGCUCAGGUUACAUGAUGAGUUUUCAGUACAAGAAUUUUGAUCCCAAGUCACAAGGGUGUUAAGCUUGCUACCCGGAGUUCGUGGCCAACGGUAUCUCUUCUUCUAAGGCACUCGUCUUAUAACAGUCCUGUUGCCUGAACAAGCUCUGCGGCAGACUCUUGUGAAUAUCCGUCUAAACCUUGAUUUCAGACUCAAUAGCAAGAAACCAGUUGCAACAGUUUGUAGAUCCAUUAUACUUGAACAUGGAAGCAAAAGGUAGAUGUAAAUUUUUUCUGUAGAAACCCAAAUCCCAAAAUUUGAACACAAGAUAUAUUAGCAUGUGGGAUGAUUUAAGUUCUCCAUUUCUAGGAGAGAGGACGCAGAGUAAAGUUAGAUAGAAACAUGUACAUACAAAGUUCGUUGUUGUACGGUUAUAAAAUGUAUUCGGAACUCCAAAUUUUCAAUGGGAAUUCAAGUAUUCAUAAUUUGUAUCA